AUGCUGACAAUUUUUUUCCAACAUACCACUUGGCAGAAAUGUUUAUGGAUCGUAGUGGCUUUCGUCGGUACCGUAAGAAAAAAUAAGACCUUCAUUCCGCAGGAAUUGCUUAACCCGAAGCGUGAUGUUAAAAGCACUUUAUUUUGUUAUCACAAUAAUAAUAUCGCUAUGUGCUCGUAUAUGGCAAAGCCGAAAAAGCCAGUAAUUAUGUUAUCCACUGCCCAUUACCGUCAAAGCACCGAUCCAUUGAAAGGAUUUAAGCCAGAUCAAAUUUUGGACUACAAUAAAUUUAAAGCGGGGGUAGAUACAAGGGAUCAAAUGUUGACUGGCUAUUCGUGCAAACGCUCGACAAACCGUUGGCCACUGUCAAUGUCUUAUAAUAUGCUUGAUAUUGUCGGUUUGGCCUCAUUCAUCAUCUAUGACGAGCUGAAUCCGGCAAAGCAGAGUGAUAAGAGGCGCUCAUUUAUCAUUGAAUUGGCACGGCAGCUAGUUAUCCCACAUAUGACGAAACGCGCGACUAACCCAUUAGUAUGGAGGUUUGCUCAUAUAAGACAAGCAAUGAAUCUUUUCAAUAUCAAGGUACCGGAAUCUUGUCCAUCGACAUCAGAUGCAGCACAGCAACAAUCAUAUGCUCAAGUUGCUUCAACACGGUCAUCGUGCUACUGCUACUGCUUCUUCUUCGAAAAAGCGACGUAA